AUUAUCUGGUAGCAGUGAUGAAGCGGGAUAAGGAAGUAGAAGAGGCUAUCGCGGUAUCACGGGUGCAACAGCGCCAUUUCACUUUUCAUUCAUCGGUAUCGAGGCCUACGUCGUUUCAUAGGAUACACAGAACAUCAUCAUGGUGAAAAUUUUUAUUGGCAACCUUGCCUGCAACGCCACACCUGAGGAGCUGCGUGAACUGUUCGAGAAGUAUGGCAAAGUCUCUGAAUGUGACAUUGUCAAAAACUAUGGUUUUGUACACAUGAACAACAUGUCAGAAGCAGAGGAGGCCAUUCAAAACCUCCACCAGCACCAGCUGCAUGGCUGGCGCAUGAAUGUGGAGAUGAGCAAAGGGAGGCCCAAGUCCACCACAAAGCUCCAUGUCAGCAAUCUUGGUGAAGGGGUCACCAGUGAGGUUUUGCGGGCCAAGUUUGAAGACUUUGGCUCAGUGGUAGAAUGUGAUAUAGUGAAGGACUACGCCUUUAUUCACAUGGAGCGAAUGGAGGAUGCCAUGGAGGCCAUCGAUAAGCUGGACAACACAGCCUUCAAAGGCAAGCUGAUGAGCGUACAGCUGUCCACCAGUCGGCUACGCACUGCCCCAGGAAUGGGAGAUCAUACCGGCUGCUAUGUCUGCGGGAAACAUGGUCACUGGUCGAAAGACUGUCCAGUCAGUCGGAAUGGUAGCCACGGUGACGGCGCAAGAGGUCGCAGCAACCGGGCCCCCCCACGCGGUCCCCCGAAUUAUGGGAGGGGCAGCUACGGGAUGGCCUCGCCUCCACCAGCUGAUUAUAUGGGUGGCUCUGAGUAUAGUCGGGCUAGUUACGGAGGUGGGUUGCCACCUCCCCCUCGUAGGCUCAGUGGCUAUGCCUCUGACCUGGGGGAUAGGUACGCCAGCAGAGCGGCUGCCGCCUACCCAGAGAGGUCAUCAGCUUAUGAUCAUAACCGUCUCUAUAGCAGUGUUGAUUAUUAUGAAAAGUACAGAGCUCGCCCUUUUGGCUCAAGCUAUUUCGAGGAUCGUCGCAUGUCCUAUCUCCCCCCUCCCCCACCCCCCCCUUCCUCCCUCUCAAAGCUCUCCUCCAGUGUAGAUCCAUAUGAUCGCCAGCCACUGCCUCCACCUUCACCGGCCGCCCCAUACUAUGCACGAGAUCGCAGCCCGAUCAGACGAGUACCAGUCUCUUCGGCCGGCUAUGAGCGAACACGGUUGUCACCGGUGUCAGCCUCCAGGAGCUCCUAUGCUGAUCCCCGACCGAAGGAUCAUUUUGCGUCACGCUAUGCGCCUUACUAAAGCCAUGGUGCCAAGGUCUGUUUGUGAACUGCAGGACUUUCCUCUUGCCAUCAUUUCUUCAAGCUACAUGAUUCCAUCAGUCUGCGUGACGUGCGGCAAGGCAUAUGAGAUGUCAGGUUUAGAUUAGAAAUUGUGUUGGCAUGUUCCAGGCACCUGAGAUGCCUGUUGCCUGCAGAUGAAUCGUCCUUUCAGUUGCAUCCAUAUAACCUGUUCUCAAUAAGGAUGUUUGGCAAACUGCACCGUUUGAUAAUUAUAAUUUGCUCAUUUGCUCUGCAGGUUCUCAGUUCCGUUUUUAGCCAUUUCUUCUUUGUUUUUUUUGUACCUGUGUUUCUUCCUCACAUGAUGCAAGUUGUCAAAUUCAACAAAUGUAAAUUGUUUGGCUUUUGUUUGUCAUUUAGAAUAAGUGUGUGUGUGUUUUGUUUUUUUAUCAAUUUAUGAACAUUUAUCUUUAUUUUUUUUUUUUUGAAUGGACGAGGGUUAAUUGUACCUGUUGCUUGUAAUGCAGAAGAAUCUUAUCUUGCUCCUAGACACACACCUGAAAUAUGUCAGUUUUGUGGAUAUGGGUAAAGAAUGAAUGGACAAAAAUGAUCACCAUCCUUGGUGUCCAGCAAUAGGCUGUGGGGGUCUAUGCAUAUGUUUUAUCAAAACUACAACCAGAAGAUUUCACUGAGAAGUUGCUUCCUUUAUACUUCAAAAAGUUGUGUAACAUACAGAAAGUUGUCCUGUGUUGGGUGGAUAAGAAAACCUGCAGACUUGUUGCCAUCUGUAACACAUGAACAGACUCAGUGAUCCACACUGAAGGAGAAAUAAAUCCGUAUCCAUGCAAUGGACCUGAGUGUUCAGUUAGGAUACAGAAUCACACUUUGUGUUGGGGUCUAAGGUGAAAUGAAUAAUCACAAACAUUCCAGCCUCCAUUUUUUUCUAAUUUCUAGUCACCAAAAAUAUGAAAUUGAUACAUUUUAUAAUACUUAAUGAGGUGUCUUCUGAUCUUAAGUCAAAUUUCUUGAAAUAAAAGUGUUGUUGAGUGACGCCAAAACAAGAAUGUUGGCUGACAUGCACUGUGCAAAUAAAUAACUUCUUGACUAUGUUCUCUUCCCACUGGGAAUAUUGCAGAUGUUUGCCCACAACUUAGAACAGAAAAAAAACUCUUGUAUCAUAAAUGUUAGUGUGGGAUGAAUGUUCAUUGUCUUCAUACAAUGCAGCAUAAGCAGAUAUAGAAAUGUGAGGCAGGACUCAGGGCUUGAGCUGUAUAAGUAAUGAGGCACUUGUGUUCUGUUGCACGUGCCUUUGUUUUGCAUAUAGAUGGGUUUGAAGUUUGUAUUUUUCAUACCAGCUGUAAAAGUACCAGCAUACAUUAAACAUCUAAAAUGAAUACGAUUUCUAAUAAAGCCAAACAUUUUUUUGGUGACACUUGA